AUGGGAGAGGGAGAGCAAGAACAAAAAGUGGACGGAGUCCACUAUACGCAGAAAACAUAUACGUUUAAGAAAAUAAAAGACAAAGAAAUCCUCCUAGAUGUAUACUCGGUGGACAACGGCAGUAUUGAACCGGCCUCAAAGCAACCUGCAGUCCUCUUCUUCCACUAUGGAUAUGUGAUUACGGGCGAUCGUUAUGCUUUUCCGAAAUGGCUUCUUAUGGCAGCACUUCGGCGGGGUUGGACAUUCAUCUCCGCAGACCAUCGAUGUCUACCUGAAUCGACAGGUCAUGAUGCAAUAGAAGAUUGUGUUGACGCAUACUUUUUCGUCGUCAAAGAUCUCUCCUCGGGAGAUAGCGCCAUCGAUCCCAACCGCAUCAUCAUUGCAGGCUCCAGUGGCGGCGGAUAUUGUGCUGUGGCAUGCAGCCAACGGCUAGUAGAAAAGGAUGCCAGCAUCGAGGAGCUAUCACUGAAAGAUAGAGGAACUGAAAUAGCCAUACCAAGACCAGUUGCAGUGUUGGCAAUUUAUCCAAUGAUCGAUUUACUUUCUCCUUGGUGGACUACGAUGAACCACGAGGAGAAUACACUCUCACAAAAGGAAUUAGAUCAAGUACGAGGACAAAUUGAUCAAGACAUUAAAAAUGGACACAUUAGCCUUGGCGAAAGGUUUGCUGAAAAGGACGAAGAUCUUAUUUAUCAGUCACGCUGGCCAGUGCUCCAGUAUGUUCUUCAAACAUUCACCUAUGCUGAUUAUCUUUCCGGCAUUAAAGGCCUCAGUCAGAAGAUUGCAUUGAAUUCUUCAGUUGACUGGCAACAGUACAAGGAUAUGAAGGCCAGAACUGUCCCAGAAUCUGCCCAAAAGUUGUUUCCGAUUGACUUUGAUAAUAUGUCCUCUAAAUUCCCACCAUUGUUUAUUGUGCAUGGAACUGGUGAUAGAGAUGUUCCCAUUGAAGAUAGCAAGGCUCUUGUCAACAGGUGCGGAGAGUUGACAGUCCCAGUUCGCCAUUGGUGGCUACCAGGACUUGAACAUUGUUUCGACCUAGAAUAUGAUGAUUUGGAGAGUUCAAUAGGAGAAAAGGACUUGCAAGUUGGGCCAGCUGGACUGAGAGAAUUAAUUGUAACUCUAGAUAAUUUUGUCUGCGCGAAGGAUUAA